CCGGGCUGACAGGCGCUCUUCCGGAGCCGGGCGCGGUAGCCGGAAGUUCGUGGCCGCCGGGGCCAUGGCGGCGCUCAGCGUCGUCGUCUGCUUGCUGCUGGCAGCGGCUUCCUGGCGGCCGGUCUCCGCUUCAGGAGAGGAAUUCUGGCCUGGCCAGUCGGCGGCAGACAUCCUGUCCGGGGCGGCAUCCCGCAGACGGUACCUUCUGUAUGAUGUCAACCCCCCAGAAGGCUUCAAUCUCCGGAGAGACGUCUAUAUCCGGGUGGCGUCCUUGCUGAAGACGCUGCUGAAGACUGAGGAGUGGGUGCUUGUCCUACCCCCAUGGGGCCGUCUCUAUCACUGGCAAAGUCCUGACAUCCAUCAAGUUCGGAUCCCCUGGUCUGAGUUUUUUGAUCUUCCGAGUCUCAAUAAAAACAUCCCAGUCAUUGAGUAUGAGCAGUUCAUUGCAGAGUCUGGUGGGCCCUUUAUCGACCAGGUGUACGUCCUGCAAGGUUACGCCGAGGGCUGGAAGGAGGGCACCUGGGAGGAGAAGGUGGACGAGCGGCCCUGCAUCGACCCUCUGCUCUACUCCCAGGACAAGCACGAAUAUUACAGAGGCUGGUUCUGGGGCUAUGAAGAAACACGGGGUCUGAAUGUCUCCUGCCUGUCCGUCCAGGGCUCGGCUUCCAUCGUCGCUCCUGUGCUUUUAAAAAACACGUCCGCUCGGUCUGUGAUGUUGGACCGAGCUGAAAACCUGCUUCAUGACCACUACGGAGGCAGGGAAUACUGGGAUACCCGUCGCAGCAUGGUGUUUGCAAAGCACUUGCGGGCCGUGGGGGACGAGUUCAGAAGCCUGCACCUCAACUCCACGGACGCCGCCGACAAGAUGGCCCCCGAGGAAGACUGGACACGGAUGAAGGUCAAACUGGGCUCAGCGCUAGGCGGCCCCUACCUCGGAGUGCACCUGAGAAGGAAGGACUUCAUCUGGGGCCACCGGGAAGAUGUGCCCAGCCUGGAGGGGGCCGUGAAGAAGAUCCGCAGCCUCAUGAAGGCUCACCAGCUGGACAAGGUGUUCGUGGCCACAGACGCCAUCAGAAAGGAACAGGAAGAACUGAGGAAGCUGCUACCGGAAAUGGUGAGGUUUGAGCCCACCUGGGAGGAGCUGGAGCUAUACAAGGAUGGAGGCGUUGCCAUCAUCGACCAGUGGAUCUGCGCGCACGCCAGGUUUUUUAUAGGCACGUCUGUUUCCACAUUCUCUUUUCGGAUUCACGAAGAGAGGGAGAUCUUGGGGUUGGACCCCAAGACGACCUACAACCGGUUUUGUGGAGACCAGGAGAAAGCAUGCGAGCAGCCCACGCACUGGAAGAUUGCCUACUGAGGGCCACCUAUCCAACACCCACCAGUCACUCGGUCACAGGGUCCCAGAAGAGUCCCCCACUUGGGUGGCGACACAUCUAAAGCCCGUGUUCCCUUGUGUUCAUGGGCCAGCACCUACCUGUGUCUAGGCUCUGCCACCUUCAGGAUUCACACUCGUGUCUUCUCUCAGGACCUGAGAAACCAUGUCACCAUCGCAGAUGUAGCGUAUGCUAGCCCAAAAAGUCGAGAACAUCUGUCAGUCCUGACACAGGCCUUUCAGCCAUCCUCCUGAGCCAGCUGAGGAUAGCCAGUGACUGGCAACACCUUCAGGUAUGGAUGCUGGCUCCUGAGAUGUGGUGUGACUGUCUCCUGAGGUCAUCUCACGCACGUCCAGGGUGAGAAAAUGCCAGGUUUUGCCUCACCCUCCACCUGUGUGGUGCCCCAGCUACUAGUUUCCUCCUGAAGCGAAUGACUCAGGCACUGUUCUCACCAGAAUGCUGGCAGCCUCAGGACAGCCCCGUGAGCCUGCCAGUGACUCCUUCACCUCACAUGGAUCCCCCAGGAUCAUUGCACACGACUGAGAAAUAGAACUGAGGAGUGACAGAAAUGACCUUCAAAAGGCCACAUCUGAGACACACCACCGCUUUAUGAAACCCUUUCCUAGGCCCCAUGCUGCACCACGGGAUGAGGAGCUAGCACAACCUUGGCCAGGGCAUCCCUAGGUCCUUGAGCUUACUCAUCAGUAACCCCCCUUCCCACUGCUGUGUACUGAGCAGCCCCCGCAUUCAGCCCAGGUCUCCUUCCCAAGCACUGAGGUAGACCCUGAGCAUAGACCAUUUCUCACUCAGCUGACCAGGUAGAAUCAUGUAUUUAUUCUUUUCCAUUUGUACAUCCAAGUGUAUUAAUAAAAUACUUUUUCAAGAAA